AUGGCCGCGGGCUGCGACUUUGCGCAGCAGUAUCUGUACACCGCAGUGGUUGCUGCGGGGCCCCACACUGCAGCAGCAACAGCAGCAGUGGACUGCAGCAUGGAGGACUUAUUAGUGGCUUUUCUGCGGAGUUCGAACUGGGAGAAAGAAGUGCUGCUGCUGCAGUGGGUGGGGCUGCAUGCGGCGCUGCAGCGAGCGCAUGCACGCGUGCUGCAGCAGCUGCUGCGGCGGCAGCAGCAGGAGCAGCAAGACUUCGAAGAAGACCCCGACAGAGAGAAGCCUCUGGAGCUUGCUGCAGCAGAGUUUGGCUGGCUGCUGGGGCAGCAGCAGCGGGAAACGGAGUGGUACUUUGACGGAAAUACUUUUCACAAAAGGGGCUUUUUUGAAGUUCCUGAAAAGCUCACUGACAAGGACUUGGGAUUUCUCAGAAGUCUCCCUUUUAAUGUGCUGCGGGUGGCCAGGGGACUGCAGCAGCAGCAGCCGACAGCAGCAGUGGCGCACCUGCAGCAGCAGCUGCAGCUCCGCGGUGUACGUACACCCCGCGACUUCCUCCUCAAGACCAACUUCCUGGACCUGCUUUUCUCCACGAGUCUUUUAGAAGAGACUUUCUUCCAAUUGGAUGUUCUUGAGGAGUUCAUUCGCAACUGGGAGGCCUACAAGGAGGGCAAGGUGGGGCCCCCCGCCAUCCCGGGGGCCCCCGGGGCCCCCGGGGGCCCCCAGCUGCUGCAGACCCUCAGCAGCAAAAAGACCCCCCGCGAAAGGGCCCCCAAAUGCCCCACUCUUCUUUGCUUUGCGGAGUCCGUUUGGGCCCAAAGGGCGGACCAUCCGCUGGACAAGCAGCAGCAGCACAAGUCCGAAAAAGGAGAAGAAGUUCCAAAAGAGACUUCCAGCGAAAGUUUCUCCGAAUUGCAAUUCCACAAGACUUCUGCAAACUUCCUGAGGGUACUGGCGGUGGGCAAUACUGGGGGGGCCCCCUACGGGGGCCCCGGGGGCCCCGGGGGCCCCCGGGGCCCCUGGGGGGCCCUCAGGAGGGCCCUCAGGCUCAACGAGUUCGAAGACACUGUGCGGACUCUGCGGGAUUUUCAUCAAAAACACAACUUCGAUGUUGCUCUCGGACUUGGAGACUUCUUCAAACCUCCGGGGGUUUUCUCCGUCAGAGAUGAGGCCUUUAGGACCCGCUGGAGGGAUAUCUUCGUCAAAGACGCGGGUCUGGACAUCCCGUGGUACAUGGUGAAUGGAGAAGCUGAGGGGGCCCUCAACAGUUCAGCUCUUUACAGAUUUCACUACAGCCGCCAAGACGCGAACUUCCACAACCCGCGGUGGCUGCACAAAGCCGUUUGGACUUUCGCAGCAAAUUUGACCACUGCAGCGGGAGCGCCGCAGGACUUGGAGUUCUCCGUCCACCUCAUUUCCGUCGACACCUGGACGCUCUUCGGAGGCACUCCUUUCCGUCAGUCUUCGAAAAACAUUCGAGGCAUUUUAGACAGUUUUGGGCAUUUUUAG